AUGGUGGGAGAUUGGCGAAACGGCAGCUAUGCAGAAUACGCGCGCUGGCCGCUCGAGAACGUCCAUGUGCUCGACGAAGAGAAACUCGUCAUGAAGCUAGGCUACUCGGUGCACGACCUUGCAUAUCUUCAACGCCUGCUUGUCCCCGGUGGCGGGCUCAUGGAAUUGGAUGUCCAGACUGGCGACCGUGUCGUGAUUGCUCCUGCGACAGGACAGUUUGGCGGCGCCGCUGUCGAGGUCGCCCUGGCUCUAGGCGCUGAUGUGGUGAUUUGUGCCCGCAAGCAAGAUGUACUCGAGAGAAUGAGGACUUCACUCGCCCCGAUCUAUCCGCAGGCUAGGAUCGACACUGUGGCACUCUCAGGGACAGUCGAGACGGAUGUCGGUGCUCUGCAAGCGUUGGGGCCCCUGGAUAAGUUCAUUGAUUUCUCCCCUGCCGCGGCUGCCGGGUCGACACAUAUCACCAACGUCCUCAUGAGCCUGCGCCAUGGUGGCCGUGCGUGCUUGAUGGGCGGUAUCACGGGCACCAUCUCCAUUCCUUAUCCGGUCGUCGUGUUCAAUGAUCUCACCAUCUGUGGGAAGUUCAUGUAUGAUCGGGAAGUGGUCCGGAGAGUCAUAUCGCUCGUCGAGUCUGGAAGGUUGAAGUUUGAGGUACCGGAAAUCGAAGUCUACGGGCUGGAAGAGUGGGAGGAUGGGUUCAAGAGCGCGGAGGAGAAUGCUGGGUGGAGAGAGAUGGCCGUACUUCGACCUGGGAAGAAGUAG